AGGACAGAGGCUGCAGCGUGUUUUUCACGCUUAACUCUGGCAUGGUGGGGGCGGCGGUGCUGCGGGCUCUCCGGACCCCUCUCCUCCGGACACUAGCGGCGGCCUCCUGCAGGUGCUCUGCCCCGGUGGAGACCCUCCUGUCGCCGGCUCCCCGUGUGGUGUCUCCCCCGUGGUCCAGCUGCUCUGUGCGGCCGCUGCAGCUCUGCUCCGCGCUGUGUGCCGGACACAACAAGUGGUCCAAGGUGAAGCACAUCAAGGGACCCAAGGAUGAGGCGAGGGGCAGGAUGUUCAUGAAGUUCGGCAUGAUGAUUAAAAUCGCAGUGAAAGAAGGUGGAUCAAACCCGGACAUGAAUUUAAACUUAGCUCACUUACUGGAGCAGUGCCGGACCAAGAACAUGCCCAAAGCCUCCAUAGACGCAGCCAUCAAGAGUGCGGAGAAAGCCAAACCAAUGUCCCAACAAAUGUUUGAGGCUCGGGGGCCAGGUGGAUGUCUGCUGCUCAUCGAGGUCCUCACCGACAACAACACCCGCAGCCACCAGGAGGUGAAACGCCUGCUCAACAAGAACGGUGGGAUGCUGUCGGACGGGGUCCGCCACAACUUCACCAAGAGGGGGAUGGUGGGGGCGGCCGGCGACACCAUCUCGGCGGAAAGAGCUCUGGAGCUGGCCAUCGAGGCCGGAGCCGAAGACGUCCAAGAGACGGAGGAUGAGGAGGAGCUGCCUCUCCUGAAGUUCAUUUGUGACACGACAGAGCUGAGUAAGGUGCGAGCCUCGCUGGAGAAGCUGGGGAUGCAGAUCACGUCUUCUGGGAUGGAGUUUGUUCCCAGCAACAUGUCGUCUCUGGACCAGGACCAGCUGGAGGCUGCCUCAUCACUAGUAGAGGCUCUGACUGACUGUCCAGAAGUAGUUAGAGUGUGGGACAAUAUCCAGGCUGACAGCUGAGGACGACCCCCGGACACCGGGCUGGACACGGAAUAAUGUGGAAUAUUAAUUUACACAAAGAGAGGUUUUGAUAACCUUCUACAUCUGUUGGUUCUGAUACUGAAGCUUGUUGCGUCAUUAUAUGUUUUUGCCCAUUUUGAAAUCAUCUAUAUGGAAAAAAUGAAAGAGAAAAUAAAUAUAGAUUUAUUCAUAA